AUGUCGGGCAGAGAAGACGAUAGUGACUCCGAAGCUCCUGAGGAAUUCACAUCACAGCAGGGAAUUCAGCAAGACGAAGAGAUAAGAAAAGUUGAAAACGAAAAUAAGGCUAGGAUUGUUCGUGAAGGAAAAGAACGACGCAGACAAUGGGCUCAAAAGUUGACACCACGACCAUCGUCUGCGAGUGACACUGUUCAAGACAGAAUAGAAACUGAGACACACGAAGAGACUCAGAAUAACAAGGGAAUGCUCCCAGAUGACAUUGUCCAACUGCUUGCAGCUCGUGAGAAGAAAGUUUUUUUGUCAGACUCUGAGGAAGAGAAGGUCGAGAAAAAGCGUACCUCCAAAAAGAAAAGGGCAGCCAAAUCCUCUGGGCUAGAACCUGUCAUUUUGAAGGACAUCCCACCUUCUCAAUGCUCACAGAACUCAUUGGAGUUCUUAAAGAAACGGAAGAUGCAGGUUUCAAGAUCGUCUGCAGUUCUGAAAAAUUCUAACCAGGCAUUACGAUUCCUUGCUACAUCUGGUUUACUAAGUAAGCAAUGA